AUGGAGUUCAUGACUGCGCUCCACUCGACCUUUGAUGAACACAAACCAUCCUUGUUCGAGCUUCUCUCCGAAGCUCAGCUCGCCUCCCUCAUACCCCCUUCUCUCCGCUACCUUCUAGCCGUUGCGACUCACCGGCAUCCUAGAUACCUCCUACGCGUCCUCAACUCCUUCGAUGAGCUCUACGCUGUGCUCAUGCUCUUGGUUGAGCGGCACUACCUCAAGACCCAUGGCGGUGGCUUUACUGAGAAUUUCUACGGCCUGAAGCGCGAGAAAGCACUUUCGGUGGGCGAAAUCCCACGCGCAAACAUGGCCGCGCCAGCACACGUCCGCGCAGCUCUCACCCUGUCGAAGAUGGAUAUAUGGAAGAACUUGGCGGUGAUGGUGGGUCUGCCAUAUCUGAAGCGCAAGCUGGAUGAGAGUUACGACGUAAAUGCGCCGAGAGCGUUGUUGGGAGCAAGCUACACCCGCAUGCCUCCGAACCCCACGUUGAAGCAGAGGUUUAUGCAUUACUACCGAUGGUUCCUGAGGCAUGUGUACCCGAGUGUCAAUGCGGCAUAUUACUUUUCACUGUUGGCAUUUAACAUUGCGUAUUUGUUCGAUAACAGCAAAUACCAUUCGCCAUUCAUGUGGUUGAUCGGGACGAGGAUGAGGAGGCUGGGAGAGGCAGAUUAUAGGGCCAUUGCUGCCUUGGGCGAGCCUAAUACUGGAGCCGCUGGUAGUAAUCUGGGAGUCACGAGCAUAUUCAGUCCCAGGAUAAUGGGUGACAGGUUGCUGGCCAGUUUGAAGAUAUUGUUGCCGACAAGCAUAUUUGCGUUGAAGUUUCUGGAGUGGUGGCACGCAUCCGACUUUGCGAGACAAUUGUCCAAAAAGGCAGCUGAAGGGAUUGAGCUGCCCCCGCCAGUGAUUUCCGGACUUUCUGCCCUCUCCGUGCGGUUCGGUCCUGGCAGCAAGAAGAAUGGUGCCCCUGCGACGGAGAAGGGGCCACAGGGAGAAGAUGAAAGAGAGGAGCCCAAGCUCGAGAAGCCGCCCAUCGCAGCAACAUCCUUGCUGCCAAUACACACAGUGCCUCCCCCGCAGGAUUCGGGACUAUGUCCAAUCUGCCAGGAAGAAAUCACCACAGCGACUGCGUGUCAGACGGGAUUUGUAUACUGCUACACUUGUAUCCAUAGAUGGCUGGAAGGGAACCACGACAAGCAAGAAGACUUGAGGAAAGGGAGCGGAAGCAAAUGGGAGGAUGGUAAAGGCAGGUGUGCAGUCACUGGGAGGAGGGUUCUGGGAGGAACGGAAGGCUUGAGGCGUGUCAUGAUAUGA